AUGUCAUAUUUAAACUCUGCUCGCCAAAAACAACAAUUUCUUUUUGAUAAAGUGUUUGCUCCUUCUGCUUCUCUAGAGGAUGUCUUCUUGGGGAUCACACUUCAUGACUUGUUGGCCGGUGGAAGAGAAGAGCAUAAACAUAAGAUUAGGGAUGAUACAAAUGACAAUAGAUACGUUGAGGGGUUUACCACUGCCAAUAUUGGCAACAUUGGGGACGUAUCAGAUCUUCUUGAAUGGGCUGCAGGAAUAAGGAGAGUUGGAAAAAGUGAGAAGAAUGAUGCAUUUUCUCGAAGUCACAUGGUCGUGACUUUAAAGAUCAAUGGAAAAAAUGACAGAACCGGCGAAGGAAAAAAAGGGGUGCUAAAUCUUAUUGAUUUAGCUAGCAAUGAAGCGGAAAUCAACACUAGUUUGACUACACUGGGCAGGAUUUUUUGUCAGCUUGGAAAUAAGAAACAUAGUCAUGUUAGUUAUAGAGUCGACGCUUACUUAUCUUCUCAAGUCUUGUUUGUCCGGAAAUUCAAAGGCUCUAAUGUUUGUCAAUGUUUCACCCGAUCCAUCACCUUUGAUACAAUCAAUAAACUCAUUCCGCUUUGUCUCACAAGUGAACUCAUGCGAGAUUGGAAUCCAACGUCCUCAGACCACCACCACCAAGCGAAUGCGUGUUUGAGUCGCGGGUGAAACCAGAGCUGAAUGGAGUUAGAGAUGGUUUUCAAAUAUGAAACUUAUUAUGAAUUCAAAUUUAUACGUUAUAUAUUGUAGUAUGUGCAAAAUAAUUCAUUAAACAUAAUUAGUUUGGCUGAGCAUCUUGGAACUAGGAUUUGUGAUCAUGUUCCCGAAACACCAAACAAGCUCUCGGAAGAUAUAAUCAAAUGCAUGUCGGCUUUUGCAAGCUUGCGGAACCACCUCUUGCAAAUCAUGAGAUUUUAUCUCCUACUUCAUCUUUGUCAUCAAUGGGGGCAUUUUCACCCAAAGACCAUUCGGGCAUGGACAUGUGGAGUCCAGGGUUUAAAAUGGUAUCAUUGUCUUUUGAUGUGAGAUUACAUAACCCUUUUCAUGUUCAAGGGCUUUAAAGAUAUGUUGCAAAAUUUCAGGUAAUAAGAUAAGAUUAAGAGAUUAGAAGAGGCGGAUCCUAGAAAUUGAAGCAUGAGGAGAAGUUAGCAUUUUGGAUUAAUGUACAUAAUGCAUUGGUGAUGCAUGCUGCAUGUAAUGUUGGGGGUCAUGUGGUAAGUGCAGAUGUGAUCCAAAAUUCAAUCCUCAGAUGCUAAAUGUGCCGUUCUGGGCAGACAAAAGUUCAAAUCGGGAGAUGCACGGCAAGAUUACGCAAUUGACCAUCCCGAACCACUUUUGCAUUUUGCACUUUCUUCAGGAUGCCAUUCUAUUAUGACAAAGAAAUAGCAACCUACUUUCAUUCAUUUUUUUUUCUUUUUUUUAAUUUAUUUAUAGCAUCUUAUUUUCAUUUCAUUCUAUUACAACAUUGUACUUUGAAUUGUUUUCUUAUUAAGGCUUUGUCAAACUCGUACGAGUCGAGUCAAUUUAUACCCAAAAAGAGUCGACUCGGUAGUGUCUACUUUCAUUUCUUUAUAUGCCACAUCGUACUUUGAAAAAAAUUCCCGAUUUAUUCAAUUAUAAUAGUAGUGAAAAUUGCUUUGUUGGGAGUUUUAAUUCCAAUGUUGAUUUACCUCUCACAUGAUGCUUAUGCUUCUGUGGGCCAACUCAACUCAGGGUUGUUGGAAGAAUAACCGUUUUGCAAAAUAGGAAGAGAUGAAAGAAGAAUGCUAUAAUAAACUAAUCUACAAAAGUACAUUGUUAUUUCUUACAUUCAACCCAAUAAUCUAUUCACUAUACAAAUCUUAAAACAAUAUAAACUCAUAUCUUGUUUGUUGUUUUUACCAGGUUCGUAUCCUAGUAAUCCAAGAACUUGAAGUUGCAAAAGAAGAAUUUGUGAGGGCUACAUUUGGUGUAGGGAAGGAUCAUAUUCGUAGGAUUCUUUUACCAAAAAUGGUUGAAAGUUUUGCAAAAGAUUCUGGAUGAUGGAGAUGAUCGACAUCCGCCUAAUGUCAACCAUCAAGUGUUUUCAUUUCUUUUCUAUCAUAUGAAUAUCUCAUAAAUUUUUAUCAUUGAUUUAUAUAAAACAGUUUGGCUAUGUUGCAUCUUGAGAUAUAUAUUGGAUAAUGCAUGUUGAUAUUUAGUUG